ACACACUUUUUCCCAUAGCUGUGCUUUUGUGUUUUGUCAGAAUUAAUGAGAAAAGUUCCCUUGCCCUAGGGGUAAUUAGUGUCCUUGGAGUUAAAUAAGCUAAUACUUAGACACCUCUGGCACAGGCAAUUAUGUUUGUGUAUUGAAUAAUUGAUUCAAAGAGGGGGAAGGGCUGCUAAUCAGAUCUGAGCAUAAUGAAUUGAUUUAAUUAACAAGGGAAUCUGAGGGUCUCUGGGAAUCGUGUGCAUUUCUGCAGUAGCAAGAGAGAGCAAAGCACAUAAAUUGGGCGAGAAAGGCAGCGAGCGCGUAUGCUUUUAGUGCUUGUCAGGGCUGGAAUUGGAUUUCCUGAAUAUAGUUGCAGUUUCGGAGCAAACGGGAGUGGGAAAAGCGUUUUAAUUUUUAUUGGGAAGAAAGCUUUCCAGUCGCAGCAAUCUAUCGGGCUUUUUGAGGGACUGAAUGCAGUAGCAGCUAUAGAGAGCACAUCGAAUCCUAUAUAUAUUUUUGAAGAUCGGUGGUGGCGAAACAGUGUUUCGAGAGGGAGGGCUGUAAUUAGUUAUUUUAGUUUAGUCAGUGUAUGCUAUUUGAGUGCAAAGAAGCAAGUACGAGUUGAGCAGCAAAAAGGUGAAUUUGAAAUAACAAGAAAAAGACAACGCUGUAUUAAUAUAUGUUUCAUGUGGUUCCAUUUUUGAACGUCUAAUUUUAAAAGCUGGGCGAUCCUGCAAUUAAAGGCUGCUGCUGCAGAAGGACGAUCGGGUUAUAUAUACUAGCAGGGUUAUUUCCAAAAGAAGACAAGUAGACCGGGGUGCGUUGGCUGGUGAAGCUGAGGACGGAUCGCCUGGAGCCAGACUCAUCGUUCGUUAGGACGAUGGUGCUGGACAAGGAGGAAGGUGUGCCAAUGCUCUCUGUACAGCCCAAAGGGAAACAGAAGGGGUGUGCUGGCUGCAACAGGAAGAUCAAGGACCGCUACUUGCUCAAGGCCCUUGACAAAUACUGGCAUGAGGACUGUCUAAAAUGUGCUUGUUGUGACUGCCGUCUUGGAGAGGUCGGGUCCACCCUGUAUACGAAAGCAAACCUUAUCUUGUGUCGCAGAGAUUACUUGAGGCUCUUUGGUACUACUGGGAACUGUGCAGCCUGUAGUAAGCUGAUACCAGCCUUUGAAAUGGUGAUGAGAGCCAGAGAUAACGUUUACCAUUUGGACUGUUUUGCCUGUCAGCUUUGUAACCAGAGGUUUUGUGUAGGAGACAAAUUCUUCCUAAAGAACAACAUGAUCCUUUGUCAGAUGGACUAUGAGGAGGGGCAACUGAAUGGAAGCUUCGAAACGCAAGUUCAGUAGCUGGAGCCCCUUCCCACGUGCUGAAGCGUUACUGGAUAGAUGUUCUGCUGCACUCCAAGUGAGCAGCAUCUGUCUGCUUGCCUGCAAUACUUUUGAAUAAGCAGUUACAAGUUAGAUGUACACUUGUGCCUGCUUAGCUGAGCACUGCAUUGCCUGUGUAUUUGUGAGUUAUUUUGGUUGUUUUUCCCUUUUUGGGUAGGGUUCCUGGGAGGGUCUGUACAGUGUUUUUCUGUAUAUAUAAACUGGAACAUUUAUUUUAUGAAAAUGUAAUGCAAUUUUAUUACUAGUGUGAAUUAAAGAUUCUUAAAUGUU